AAGAAUCCACAAGACCACUACCAUUUGCUUCUUCUUCAUCUUCUCACUUUGUCAGUGCCGCCAUAAAACCCUAAUCUGAAGGAGAAGAAAGAGUAGGGGAUUCGAAUCCGUUACUGAAACCCCCGACUCUUCUGGGCAAGCUGCUCUGGAUUGCAUUCGGUUACAAGUGACAACAAUCCUGAUGGCUGAGGACUCGGCGCAGCUAAGUUCCCAACUUGCUGAAGCAACCUUGAAUGAUUCUGUGUCUGAGCUGAAAGCCGAGUUUUCUGACAGAGUUCCUAUCAAGCGCAUAAUAUCACGACCUGACGGGGGGUCUGCGCUUGCCGAGCAGAAGGUCCGGGUUGGUGGUUGGGUGAAGACGGGUAGGAAGGCAGACAAGGAUAAAUUUGCAUUUUUGGAACUCAAUGAUGGAUCGUGUCCAGGCAACCUGCAGGUGAUUGUGGAAGCUGAAAAGGGUGAUCUUGGGAGGCUUGUGCUAACAGGUACAUGUGUGGUUGUUGAUGGCGUGCUUAAGCUGCCACCAGCUGGGGUCAAGCAGAAGGUGGAGCUUAGAGUUGAGGAGGUGGUACAUUUAGGUCCAGUUGGUGGUAAUCCUAUAUAUCCGCUGCACAAGGGAAAGAUGCCCCUGGAGCAUUUGAGGGACUUUGUUCAUCUGCGGUCCAGGACUAACACCAUCUCUGCAGUUGCUCGCAUCCGACACAACCUGGCAUAUGCAACUCAUACUUUUUUCCACAACCAUGACUUUCUCUAUGUGCACACUCCAAUUAUCACCACCAGUGACUGUGAGGGUGCUGGUGAGAUGUUCCAAGUCACAACAUUGAUCAGUGAAGGUGAAAGGUUGGAGAAGGAGCUGAUUCAGAACCCUCCCCCAUCUGAAGCAGACCUAGAAGCUGCCAACCUAAUCAUUACCGAAAAAGGAAAUGCUGUCUCACAGCUGAAAUCUGCUAAAGCAAGUAAAGGGGAUGUUAAUGCUGCUGUGGCUGAGCUUAAAAGGGCGAAGGAUAAUGCUUUGAAGCUGCAAGAGAGAGCAAAGCUGCAGCCGGGAAUCCCCAAAAAGGAUGGGAAGAUUGACUACACGCAAGAUUUCUUUGCCCGUCAAGCUUUUCUAACUGUUUCUGGGCAACUCCAAGUGGAAUCUUAUGCAUGUGCUCUUAGUAGUGUGUAUACAUUCGGACCUACUUUUCGAGCAGAGAACUCACAUACUUCACGACAUUUGGCAGAAUUCUGGAUGGUGGAGCCUGAACUAGCAUUUGCAGAGCUCAAGGAUGACAUGGACUGUGCAGAGGCCUAUGUAAAAUUUUUGUGCCAGUGGCUACUUGACAACUGUUAUGACGAUAUGGAGUUUAUUUCUCGGCAAUUUGAUAAAACUUGCAUAGAGCGUCUAAAAAUGGUUGCAUCCACACCCUUUGUACGGAUUACCUAUACUGAAGCUGUGGAGCUGCUAAUUGAUGCUGUGAAAAAUGGCAAGAAGUUUGAAAAUCAUGUAGACUGGGGGAUUGAUUUGGCAUCUGAACAUGAAAGGUUCUUAACAGAGGUGAAAUUCCAGAAGCCCGUUAUCGUGUACAAUUACCCUAAAGGAAUCAAAGCUUUCUACAUGAGACUCAAUGAUGAUAACAAAACAGUGGCUGCUAUGGAUGUCCUUGUACCAAAGGUGGGAGAGUUGAUAGGGGGUAGUCAAAGAGAAGAACGUUAUGGUGUUAUUCAUAAAAGGAUUACAGAGAUGGGUCUGCCUAUCGAGCCAUACGAUUGGUAUCUUGACUUACGGCGUUAUGGAACUGUCAAACAUUCUGGUUUUGGUUUAGGAUUUGAAAGGAUGGUUUUAUUUGCCACUGGCAUCGACAAUAUCAGAGAUGUUAUUCCAUUCCCUAGAUAUCCAGGAAAAGCAGAUCUUUAAGGCUCGGGUUUGUUAGGACCAUCGGCUGUUGGCUUUUUCUAUUUUAACAACAGUAAUGUUUCAUUAGUAUUCCAAAAUCAGACCAUUGUAUACUUGUUUCUCAAUUUAUAUGCUAACAAAUUU